CCAGCUGCACUCUCUUCCUUUGCUUGUCCAAAUCUGCUCCCAUACUCAGUGGUCCCUACCGAAAAUCUUCCUUCCCCCACAGGUAGCUGCCGGUUGACUCUUUUUGCUCUUUAUUUACAAAAAUUUGCUUUGCUUGUGUCCAAUGGACCCUACCUGACAUCUUCCUUGUCUUUGUGAUUGUCGGCUAACUCCUUCUUGUCUCUCUUUUUUUUUUUUUAUGUGUAGAUCCGCCUGGCUUGUAUUCGGUGGGCCAGUACCGAAUAGCUUUCCCUUGCCAAAAUUAUUUCCAUGGCUCGUGACCGAGAAGAAAAAUCCAUGCCAACCGGAUCUGCUUCCAUGGCCGGUUCAAAGGCCACUCACUGCUUGAGAUCACCUCCACCAGAUUUGGUAAAACCUGACUGGAAUAAAUGGAUUGGCUCUUUGGGAGCUUGGCCGGUUUGGAGGAAAUCGGAAUGGGUGGACUGGAUUGAUCGCCUAGAACCUGAUUUUGGCCAAAUUUGGAGAGAUGUGGGCGUUGAGUACAAUGCAGAGUUGAAGCCCUCUUAUCCAGUUUUCGUGAGGUCUGCCUAUGAUAAGAGUAAGCCUGUUAGUGCUGAUGAGCAUAUUUCAUUUCUGCUUACUUUAACCUGCAAAUAUAUAGUCUGCUCUGCUGGUAAAGGUCCCAUUAAAAAGUUUAUUCCCUUAGCUGCUGCUUUAGCACAUGGUAAACAAAUGGCUCUAGGUCCUUUUUUGCUUGCUCAUUUGUAUAGGAUUUGCCAAGAUAUCACGGCUCACCCCUUAGUUAUUAGUGGUGGGCCGCUUUGGGUUUUGCAGUUGUGGUUGUAUUCUUAUUUUCCAGCCCUCGCACCUGUCUCUUCCGUUGUUCCAGCCCGGGACCUACUUACUUACGGCUUCAUGUUCAAGAAUGCCGUGGAGAACAAGAAGAGCUUUGAGGAGUGCCUAAAGUUUUUUGCUUCUCUUUUUGUUGACCAACCCGAUGCAGACUUUGCUGUGUUUCUUGGCAGAUCUCACGGUCCUUCAUGUUUGAACACUCUCAACUCCCAAUGCGGCAUGGAGCUUUAUGCACUGAACCAAUUCUGUCGGCAGUUAGGGUACUGCCAAGACAUACCAUUCCCGUCACUAUUUUCCUUCAACCACAGCUAUCCCCUUUGCUGCACUUCCUCUUACAAAAGUUGGUGGCGAAACUACUUUCAUCCUCGGUUCCUUGAUGUUAUGGAGAAUAUUUCUAUUCUAGCUCCUCCACCACUCACCAAAAAAUCUGAAGACAAGCAAGUUGCAAAGGAAAAUGAGGACUUGGAAUCUGCCAUGGCUGCCCAGAUCAGCAAGCCAGAUCUGCCAAGGAGAGCUCCCAAAACUCAAAUCAAAAGGAAAUUUGCUGCUCCUACAGAUUCCACGGAAGAAGAUACCCCCUCCAAGCAGCGAAGAACCGGAGGGAUCAAGAGGUCAGCAGUAAAACCAUCUGCAGCCAAGAAACUUAUCAAGUCUGCCUCUCCCUCGAGGUCCUCUUCUGCCACAGAAAUCGAGACGCAACCUGACAAAACAGAAGAUGUUUCCCUCGGUCCUACUGCCACAAAAGCUCCUAUUGAAGACAUAUCUGCUGAAGGUGAUGAAAGCAAUUCUGGCUCCUCUCGUACCAAAUCUGACGAUGGUUCUUCACCCACCACAAAGGUUAGGGGUUCUAGAUUCUCUUCACGCAUAGCAAGCAAAAGCUUUAGAACAGUUAGACCGAAUGAACUCAUCGAUCUAAGCCCUGACAAAGAGAAUACCCCUACACCCGUAGCUUCUCCUACUAGGCAUGUUUAUGUUGAUGACAUUGAGUGUGUUGCUGCUGAUGUGCCCAUGAUUGAUGAUGAUUUGGAGAAUGAACUCCUUGCCCAGCUGGACAUGUUGAUGGAUACUCUGGUUAAAUCUGGAUCUGUCACAGAUAGUAAAGGGAAGGCAGUUGCUGAAGAAGUGGAUUUUGAUAUCAACCUCCCUACUCAGGAGCAGAUUAGUUUUGCGAUUAUGACCAUGCAAGAGCUCCUUCAUGGUGAUCCUUUUCAUUUCUGCAAAGUGCCGGACCAGCCAGCUGCCUUUGAAGUGGCUCAAAUCCUUAGUCGGGCUCCACAGUUAUCAUCUAUUCAGCAAAAGUUUUGGGCAGACUUCACCACCAUCUAUACCCAUUUCAACAGGAAAUUCCAGGUGCUUGAAAGCAAAGUAGCGGCUGCAGAAUCUGUGAGGCAAUCUGUAGCGGAUAGCACUGCCGCUGUUUUCAAGAAAAAGGAAGAAUUCUUGGCAGCAAAGGAGGCUCAUGUCACACAAGUCAAACACCUCCAAGGUCUUAAAGAAGAAAUCUCCAACCUUGAAGCCAAGUUUUCAGAAUUGAGAAACCAAGUUCCUAUUGCGGAGCAAAUUGAGAAGAAUUUGGCGGAUCAAAGAAACAAGCUCCGCGUAGACAUGGAAGCUAGUUUGAAAUCUACUGCCAAGAUCAAGGAGCAGCUACCUUCUUUCACAGCCUCUGCAGAUGAAGCCGCUGAAGAAAUCAAGACCAUGAGAGAAGAAUGGAGCACUUGGCAAAACAACCUUUGUUGAUUUUUCUUCUAUGUAUCUCCUUGUCUCUUUGUUGGUUGAAAUUGCACAUCGUCAUGUUUGAACUUAUUGUUUGCGGCCUAUUGGCCAUGCAAACUCCUUUUUCAAUGUUGAUCUCUUUCUUGGCUCAUAUUCUGGAAAUCUGCUUGUUGUACUUGUUGUUCAUACUCUGGUACAGGUUGAAAUCUGUCAUGGCCGAAAUCUGGCUGUUGUGGUUGUUAACAGCCAGAUUUGGCCAACU